UGUUGUUUUCUUCCGGAGCGUUCUCGGUCAGAGGGGUAGGAAAUCCGGACGUGGCGAUGGAACGUUAUCUGCUCGCACCGGACACCCAUCGUCGUCGUCUUCCAACUCCCUCGGCUCGCCUCGCCAGGAACCUCGUGAGCUAUCAUGCAGCAGCAGCAGCACCACAUGGUGGCGCCGUGCAAGCCCCACGCAGCGCGGCGGGCGGCGCUCCCGCUGCCCGGGCCGUCGCUCCGACGAGCUUUCCUUUGCAGUCCAGCGAGGGCGGGAGCGGCGGCGUCAAAGCGGACGGCGGUGAGGACGAGGUGCCAGGAAGAGAAGCAGCAGAGCGGUGACGGCGAGAAGAAGCAGCAGGAGAAGGAGAAGAGGACGUUCCUGAGCCUGGAGGAGGCCGGGCUGGUGGAGAUGUCCGGGCUCAGCACCCACGAGCGCUUCCUCUGCCGCCUCACCAUCUCGUCGCUGAACCUGCUGCGGGUGAUCUCGGAGCAGGAGGGGGUGGCGAUCGAGGAGCUCAACGCCGGGCGGGUGUGCGACUGGUUCCUCAAGGACAAGCUCAAGCGGGAGCAGAACCUCGACACCGCCGUCCUGCAGUGGGACGACCCGCCGCCCAUCUGACCCCGCCGUCUUUGGUUUGGGUGCUGCUCUUUCCUUUCCUGUAGUUGAGACAAGUAUGUAGUGCAGUUGCACGAUUGCAUCAUCGCGCCUGAAUGCCUGAUGACCAUCUGUAAUGCUUCCAUACACGCAUGACAGAUGAUGCUUCAUUGCCUUUUU